AUGCAAGCAGCGACGAGUGGAAGUGCUGGGGUCGACCUGGUAACUGCGGAAUCGGUAACUGUUAAGGAUGAAAAUGUUGUUUUAAUUGAUACUACAACAAAAGGCCCAUUGGGAAAUGGUCUUGCAGCUUUAUUAAUUGGCCGUUCUGCUUCUAAACAAGGUCUUUUUGUACUUCCAGGUGUUAUUGAUGCUGAUUACAAAGGAAUUGUCAAAAUUAUGUUAAAAGUAUUUUCCCCACCUGCUUUCAUACCAAAGGGUAGUUCCAUUGCUCAACUUGUACCUUUUUACCUGCAGGUUCCAGCAAAAAGCAGUAGAGAAAGGUUGGGUGGAUUUGGAAGCACUGGUCCUCUUGUGGCAUUUUCUGAAAUGUUGUCAGCUAAAAGACCUACACGACAGAUUAGCAAGAUAGCCGACGCAGUGUUUGAAAAGAGAGGGGGAGAUGUUGGAGGCCUUGCAGCUGCUGGAGGCCUUGCAGCUGCUCUGAAUCUUGCUCCGAUUUACCGUAAAGUGCCUUGAUUUAAACCAGCAAGG